AAUCCUGCAAGCCAUCAACUCAUUUUCAUUUUAGUCGUAACAAUAUAAACUCAGAGGAGCCCAAAACCAAAAUCUGUACACUCUUAAACAAAGAUGUUGAGAAACUUUCUGAGAAAAACAAACAUCUUUUGUGGAAGAGGAGGAGAGUUCUUAAGUAGGAGAAGGGGUUUGAGUUCAUCAACCUCAGCUCAGCCUGCAAGGAGAUUCGCUGCUGUGUGGGGCAAUGGAGAUUUCGGGCGUUUGGGUGUUGGGAGUCUCGAUUCCCAAUGGUGGCCUAAACCCAUCAAACUCCUCUUCCUUCAAUCACCAAACCCUCAGUCCAUUGCCUGCGGUGGCGCCCAUACUCUCUUCUUAACAGAAUCCGGGGUUUAUGCCACUGGUCUCAAUGAUUUUGGGCAGCUAGGUUCAGCAGACCUAUGGUACCUAUCAGUAAGAGUACUGCAGCAGCGAGAAACAGAUGAUCCUUUGAUUCCUUCUCUAGCUUGCACAAAGGCAUUCUUCCUCCCAUUAGAGAUUGAUCUAUCCUUAGAGCCAAUUGAAGUUUUGGGACUUACAAAAGAAAUUGUGCAAAUUGCUGCUGGUUAUCAUCAUUCAUGCGCUAUUACAGUGGAUGGGGAACUCUACGUGUGGGGGAAGAACUCAAGUGGGCAACUUGGCCUUGGAAAAAAGACAGCAAAAGUGAUUCAUAGGCCAACCAAAGUGGAAUGCUUGAGGGGUACAAUUAAGAUGGCAGCUUUGGGUUCAGAGCACACAGUUGCUGUUACUGAUGGAGGUGAGGCUUUAAGUUGGGGUGCAGUAGCAUCUGGAAGACUUGGUCACGGCCUCGAGUCAAGUAUUUUUGGUUUUUUAACAAGCAACAGGUGCAUUCUUGGUUGUAUCUCGAACAUCCACCAUUUAUCAUGCAUGUGGCUUGAUGAGUCAUUGUACACCCGUCAGAUAUUUAUAAUUUUUGCAGUGAUAUACUCCAAGGCUUAUAAAGAAACUAGGGGCAUCAAGGUUAAAAGAGUUGCUGCUGGGUUGUUGCAUUCAGCAUGCAUUGAUGAAACUGGGUCUUUGUUUAUGUUUGGGGAGAAAGUGGAAGCUGAUCUUGGUUUUGGAGAGGCCAAGAAUGCAACAAUGCCAUCCAUGAUCAACACGUUGCCAUAUUCGGAAGAAGUUGCAUGUGGUGGCUACACGUGUGUUGUAACAAGAGGUGGUGAACUUUAUACUUGGGGUUCAAAUGAGAAUGGUUGCCUUGGUACCGGCUUUUUACCUUUUAUUGAAAGUGUGCAUCUACAGGUUUCUUGUGGUUGGAAGCAUACAGCAGCGAUAUCAGAUGGCAAGGUUUUCACAUGGGGUUGGGGUUCUCAUGGAACAUUUUCUGAAGAUGGGCAUUCUUCUGGCGGACAACUGGGUCAUGGAAGUGAUGUAGAUUACAUAAAACCUACGAUGGUCCAUGUUGGUGAAAAUGUUAAAGCGUUGGAGGUAUCGUGCGGAUUCAAUCAUACGGGUGCCAUAUUCGAAUACCUAUAAGCUCUGGCUUCAAAUUUAACAGGUGAUGUACGAUUUUCAGUAUUCUGGGUGCACAUGCAGGCAGGUCUGCAGAUUCUUGAUAUCUUUUGUGAUUCAUUUAUAAUGUCUUAAACUUACUAAUGG